AGAUGAGUGCUCAGGACUCCAGGAGCCCAACACAGCAUGAGCCCCUGGGUUCAGCAGAGGAUUCCACCAGGGACCGGAAGACAUCCUUGCCCAUGGAGCCCAAGUUGGACAUGUUGUACAAGAUUGAGGAUGUGCCGCCAUGGUACCUCUGCAUCCUGCUGGGCUUCCAGCAUUACCUGACGUGCUUCAGUGGCACCAUCGCUGUGCCCUUCCUUCUGGCUGAAGCGCUGUGUGUGGGCCGUGACCAGCACAUGGUCAGUCAGCUCAUCGGCACCAUCUUCACCUGUGUGGGUAUCACCACUCUCAUCCAGACUACAGUGGGCAUCCGGCUGCCGCUGUUCCAGGCCAGCGCCUUUGCCUUUCUAGUUCCAGCCAAAGCUAUCCUGGCCUUGGAGAGGUGGAAGUGUCCCCCAGAAGAGGAGAUCUAUGGUAACUGGAGUAUGCCCCUGGAUACCUCUCAUAUCUGGCACCCGCGGAUUCGCGAGGUCCAGGGUGCAAUCAUGGUGUCCAGUAUGGUAGAGGUGCUGAUUGGGCUGAUGGGGCUGCCUGGGGCCCUGCUCAGCUACAUUGGGCCUCUCACGGUCACCCCCACUGUCUCCCUCAUUGGUCUCUCUGUUUUCCAAGCUGCUGGUGACAGAGCUGGCUCCCACUGGGGCAUUUCAGCUUGUUCCAUUCUUCUGAUCGUCCUGUUCUCCCAGUAUUUCCGCAACCUCACCUUCCUGCUACCUGUUUACCGAUGGGGCAAGGGUUUCACUCUCUUCCGCAUCCAGAUCUUUAAGAUGUUUCCGAUCGUGCUGGCCAUCAUGACAGUGUGGCUGCUCUGCUAUGUGCUGACCCUGACUGAUGUGCUGCCUGCAGAUCCCACAGCCUAUGGCUUCCAGGCACGAACUGAUGCCCGAGGCGACAUCAUGGCUAGCUCACCCUGGAUCCGCAUCCCCUACCCAUGUCAGUGGGGCCUCCCCACAGUGACUGUGGCUGCAGUCCUGGGAAUGUUUAGUGCCACACUGGCUGGCAUCAUUGAGUCCAUUGGUGACUAUUAUGCUUGUGCCCGGCUGGCUGGUGCACCGCCCCCUCCGGUACAUGCUAUCAACAGGGGAAUUUUCACUGAAGGCAUCUGCUGCAUCAUCGCUGGGCUACUGGGCACAGGAAACGGGUCUACCUCGUCCAGCCCCAAUAUUGGGGUCCUAGGGAUUACCAAGGUGGGAAGCCGUCGAGUCGUGCAGUAUGGUGCAUGCAUCAUGCUGGUCCUGGGUGCCAUCGGCAAGUUCACAGCCCUCUUCGCCUCUCUCCCAGAUCCCAUCCUGGGAGGAAUGUUCUGUACCCUUUUUGGUAUGAUCACCGCCGUGGGACUGUCCAAUCUGCAGUUUGUGGACAUGAACUCCUCCCGCAACCUCUUUGUACUGGGAUUCUCCAUGUUCUUUGGCCUCAUGCUGCCCAAUUACCUGGAGUCCAACCCAGGUGCUAUCAACACAGGUAUUCCCGAAGUGGAUCAGAUCCUCACUGUGCUGCUGACCACGGAGAUGUUUGUUGGCGGGUGCCUUGCUUUCAUACUGGACAACACAGUGCCAGGGAGCCCAGAGGAAAGAGGCCUGGUACAGUGGAAAGCUGGAGCCCAUGCCAACAGUGAGACGUCAGCCAGCCUGAAGAGCUAUGACUUCCCCUUUGGGAUGGCCAUGGUAAAAAGGAGUGCCUUCCUCAGAUACAUUCCUAUCUGCCCAGUCUUCAGAGGAUUUGCUAACAAGUCAGAAAAUCAGACUCCAGUUCCAGAAGAUACUCCAAACAAUACAGAAACCGCAUCUGUGUGCACCAAGGUCUGAAACUAACUACGGAAGGAAAGGAGGAACUGGACGUAACAAGAAAAGAAAACCACACAGAAGACAGAAGACCUGAGUUGGGAAUCUCAGCUCUGCCUUUUCCAAAUUCCCAUGUAAGCUUGGACAAAUCACCCCCUGAGACUGUUUCCAUAUCAGCUUACAAAACAUCAGAAGAGUAGGCCAAAGUCUCUAAGCACUCUAGAGACUUGCACUAGAAUUAUUCUGUUUCCCACUUCUACUUUCCUAAGCAUACAUGUCAAUGUAAAGAAAAGAGUGGGAAAUUCUCUUCAAUGAGUUGGGAGUUGACAAAAAGGAAAUCAGGAGAUUCCAGGGGUAAAUGCAGACAUGCAGGUAGGCUUUUUUUUUUUUUAAACGGAAUUUAAUUCUAAUGUCAUGUAUUUUAAGACCAAAACAUAAUACUAAACAAUACAUUGGACCAAUAACUUAGAUAAAUAUCCCCCAUUCCCACAGGGAAAUAAAUCUAAAUUUUAAUUAAUGUCUCAGGCCUGGGCUUGAUCUUCAGCAUUAUAUACACAGAAAUAAAAACCCUUAAGAGGAAG